GUCUUAUACAAGCCUUUACUCACUCAGUGCUGAGCUGUGCCUGAGCUGGGAUUGAUGGAGAAUCCUGUUUAGGAAAACACCCUGGAUGUAGGAAGCACGAAGCAAAGAGACAAUUUUACAUGGAUGUUUCCAAAUGCGAUGGGCACAAGAAUGUGGGGACCAUCUCCAGGGGGGCUCCUGGGGUGCUUCAGAUCGCUUGGUAGAACAGGGGAGCCUUGAGUCAGCCCUGAGCACAUGAUCUGGCUGUGGCCGAGGAUUACAAGAGCUGUUUUGAUCAGGGGAAAAUGUCUGUUUUUAGCACAGGCAGCAAUUAAAAUAGCUCAUGGAUCUAAACGCCUCGGGGAGCUGUCAUAGAGGGAGGUAGAAAAUCCAUCUCACGCUCUCCUGUGCAGCCAGAGAUGAGCCUGGAGGAAGCAGAGGAGAAGACAGCUUGAGGUUCAGCUGGUGAUAAAGGACAACCUGAGCCGGGCUCUCGAGAUGGCUGAGGAGGAUCUCCGGGGUUUGAGCACCCCUUUCUCACUCUCCUUUUCGGGCAGUGGCUUUCUCGCCCUGUACCAGGUUGGGGUGGUUCAGUCCCUCCUGGAGCUGGCUCCCGAACUCCUCAAAUCCGCUUGCAAGGUCUAUGGAUCAUCCGCCGGCUCGCUCAUCGCCGCGGCCGUGGUGUGCGGCAUCGGCCUCGAUGAUCUAAAGGAAUUUUUCUUUGCCAUGGCAAAGGAGGCCAGGGAAACCAUCCUGGGCCCCCUCUCUCCCAAGUGCAGCUUGCUGGCAAAUAUCAAGGCUGUUCUGCAGAGGAUGCUACCAGAGAACUCCUACCAACUGGCUUCGGGGCGGCUGCACAUCUCCCUCACGCGGGUGGUGGAUGGCCAAAACGUCAUGGCCUCGGAGUUCAGCUCGAAAGAGGAGCUCAUCCAGGCUCUCCUCUGCAGCUGCUUUCUUCCCAUCUACUGUGGCUUCAUCCCUCCAUCGUACCGAGGUGUGCGAUACGUGGAUGGAGGAUUCACUGGUCUGCAGCCUGUUUCCAGCUUGGAGGAACCUGUGAUCACCGUGUCCCCGUUCACAGGAGAGCUCGAUAUCUGCCCAAGGGAUUGUCCUGCCAUCUUCUUCUGCUUCCAGAUCUUCAAUGGCAGCAUUCAGAUCUCGAUAGAAAACCUCUGCAGGAUUAGCUAUGCUCUCUUUCCACCCAGCACCAUGGUCUUGAACGACAUCUUCUCCCAAGGGUACCAGGACACUGCCCUUUUCCUGUACAGGAACAAUGCCUUUGGCUUUAACUACUGCAAUGGGAAUUUCCACUUUGCCAUCUCAUGUGGGAAGAAUGACUUUGCCCCAUCCAAAAGGACGUGCACUGGCCUAUGCAAAAUGGAAACACAGUGCCCAGCUCCUUGCUUCCUGCCAGGCUUGGGUAUGUGGAGGAAUGAGCAGCUCUCUGGACUUCAGGAUCCACUGUCAAAGGUCCUGUUGCAACCUUACAGGCUGCCGGCUUUCUUCAGGAAUGGGUAAGAACAUCUUGAUAGAGGCAUUGAAGCUGAAAGUGGUACAGGAACCGGUGGUUGUGGCUUCAGCAGUGCUGAGAUAGCUGCAGGGACGCAGUGCAUGGUU